AUGGAAGAAUUCCUAAAAAGAAAAGAACUACCUAAAUGGUUAGAAGAUACACUCGACCCGAUAUGUGAUGUGGAUACCAACUCAUUGACAGAAUACAUCAUAGCGUUGAUAACCAACAAGUUUACGAGUCGGAGGGAACUAGAAGAUGUCUGCUUUAAGGAUCUAGAUGAUUUCCUCAAAGACAACACAAAAUCGUUUACAUACAAGCUGACCGACAAGUUGGCUGCUAUCAACUACUUUAACUUUCACACAUCCUCUUCAUCUUCUUCUUCUUCUUCUGGAGGAGGAGAAACAUCUUCAAGUAAACAAGAUGUUGGAAGAGACUAUAGAGAAAGAGAAAGAGAUAGAGACCACAAACCACGCGAAAGAGAUAGAAGUAGAAGUAGAAGCAGAGAUCGAGACAGUCGAAAAUCAAGAGACAGAAGCAAAAGUAGAAGCUCAAGUCCAAGAGACAGAGAUAGAGACAGAGAUAGAGAUAGAGACAGAUCUUAUCGUGAACGAGACUAUGAAUACAAUGGAAGAGGUCCAAGUUAUCGAGACCGUGAAAGAGAUAGUGACCAACCAAUCAAUGAUUCAGAUGAUCGAAGAAAAUAUAGUGACGACUAUGAAAGAAAAAGAAUCAAGGCGCAAAGAUAUAACCCAAUCGGUGGUAAUGGUCCAACAGGUACAUCUACAGCUGCACCACCCAAUGGAAAAUACAAGACAAAGAGAUGUAGAAACUUUGACGAGAAUGGAUACUGUGAGAGAGGAAACUCGUGUCACUUUAUCCAUUCAACCAAUAAUAUGCCCGAUGCAACGAUACCACCAUAUCCACCAAUCGUUGAUGCUUACAACCAACCACCACUACCACCAGGUGCUGGUGGGCCACCAGGGAGAUAUCCCAAUAUGGGUCAACCAAGCAUGAUGGCUCCACUUCCAUACCCCUUUCACAAUGUGCAUCAGACAAACAUGUAUGCAAACCAACCACCACCACAAAUGAUGCCAUACGACGUUCAACAUCCAAUCGAAUCUGUACAAGGUUAUAAUCCUGAUUAUUACGAUGGUGAUGUUUCAAUGAAUAAUAAUAAUAAUAAUAAUAAUAAUAGUCAUAACAAUAAUAAUGGUGAUGAUGAAAAUGGAAAUGAUGAUGAUGAAAAUGGAAAUAAUAAUGGAAACAAACACAACAACAACAAAGGUGGACACCAUCUUAAAAAGUUUGUAAAGGUUAAAACUCAUCAUUCAUGUCCAGAUCCAAAUUCAACAACUCUUAUCAUUACAAAUAUUCCAUCAAAUAUCAAUACUGAAGAAGAAGUUAGAUCUCAUUUUUCAAAAUUUGGUAAUAUUGAAAAUAUAGAAAAAAUAUCAGCAAGUCAAUGUUUAGUUGUAUUUGAAAAUAAUGGAGAUGCAGUUAAAGCAAUGAAAUCACCAGAGGCAAUUAUGAAUAAUAGAUUUAUAAAAUUAUUUUGGCACGAUUCCUAUGAUGGAAAGAAAACCAAGUUUGAAGAGACUCAGGAGAAAUUCCAACAACAAAAGAAAAAAGAAGAGGAGAAGCAAGCUUUACAUCUCAAAGAACAAAUCCUCCAAAAGAAACUAGAGGAAAAGAGAAAAGAGGUAGUGGAAAAGAAAAAAGAUCUCAUCAAAAGUCGUGAUGAACUGCGUCAACAACAACUCGAACUCCAGAAACAAUAUAUCGAUAAAUUGGAAACUUGUACAGAUGAAGGAGAAAGACAAAAAAUCAAAGAGGCAAUCAAAAAUCUUGAAAAAAUCAUUACAGAGUCAAUUACUACCGAUACAAGUAUAGUAAAGGAAAUUAAAAAACAAACUCCAUCCUCCUCCUCUUCUCUACCUUUACCAACAACAUCGGAAUCAAUGGUAUUGGAUUCUGCUGAAUCAAACAUCAACACACAACAAAUAGCAACAAAUGAUGGUGAUGAUGGAUCGUCAUCAAUCGUGGCUGAACCAUCGAUUGUAGUUGCAACGACGGGAAGUGGUACACCACCAAUUCCAAAAUCAAAUCACUUGGAAAAUAUAUUAAAGAAUUUGGAAAAUGAAGCUAAAAGUCUUGGCAUUGAGAUUCCUCCAGGAGGAGCAGGAGCAGUAGUUGCCAAACCUUCUUCUUUGGCAGGAGCAAAACCAAAACCUUAUCCAUUUUUCCCAAAGAAACCAAUGAUGGCAAAACCACUUGCCCCAUUAUCAGCAGCUGCUUUGAAGCAUAAAAAUAGUUCAAUGAUCAUUGACAAUCGAUCGACCACUAUUGUCAUUCGAGAUCCACCCAACGAAUUCAAAAAGGAGGAACUCCUCAAACAACUGUUCUCCGAUAUCCAAUCUGUAGACAUUAAUCCAGACUCUAUCGAAAUCAAAUUUACAAAGAGAGAGUCUGCUCAACGUGUAUUUUUGGUUGCCAAAUCUUACAAGGGAAAGGAAUUACAAAUUGCUUGGGUUGAAAAACCAAUCAUUCCAACUCAACCUACCUCCUCUAAUAAUGAAGAUUCAAAUAUGAAUUAUAAUAAUAAUAAUGAUUCAGAUGACGAAGAUGAAGAUGAAGAUGAUAAUGAAAGAUCUUGGAAACAUUAA